AACAAAUAAAAAAUGGGAAUACUAUUUAUAUUUUUAUAUAUACUAUUGUUUUCUAACCAAAGCCAUUGUGUUUUCACUGCUGUUUUUGGUUUUAUCCAAACAGUUUCACAAGUUUGACGGAUGAUUCCUUUACUGACACAGACUUCAGGUCUAUAUUGGUACGGACAUGCACGAGCGUGUGCGUGCGUGUUCAGUGUUUUUCCAGCCAGUGAACAGCUGACAGCAGAAGAAGGCCAGUCCCUCUAUUAAUAGCAGAGUCCCUCAGAGUCCCAGACCUGAUCUGUCACAGUCCGGCAGCACUGCACAAAAUCAGCACCAUCUCCGAAGCGUGAUCAUGAGCGGCCGGCAGGCCCGGUGUAGGGCCAGAGACCGCAACAAUGUCCUGAAUCGGCCGGAGUUUAUGUCCCUAAACCAGCCCUCCCGCAGGGAGCAGGGGACAGGAGAGGGGAGAGGGAGUGGUGGACCGAGGAGGUCCACUUUCAGACAGCAGAGUCAGCAGGAGGACACAGGUCUAAGGGGGGGCAGGGACUCCUCAGACGGUGCAUCAGCAGCUGACGGCGGGGCGAAAGAUGCGCCCCGUCUGCCAGAACAGGACUGCAUGCAGCUGAACCCGACCUUCCGUGGCAUCGCCAUCAACUCACUCCUGGCUAUUGACCUGAGCCUGUCCAAGCGCCUGGGGGUGUGCGUUAGACCUCAAGGCUCCGGGGCCCCCUUCCGCUCCAUGGUGCUGCUGCUGGCCUUCAGUGGACAUGCCCUGCCCUGGUUCAUCGGGACGCUGAUCUGCCUGUGGAGGAGCAAUACGCUGGCUGGACAGGAAGUCCUCGUCAACCUGCUGCUGGCUCUCAUCCUUGAUCUGAUGACGGUGGCCGGGAUGCAGAAGUUGGUCAAACGCAAAGGACCCUGGGAUUUUCCUCCAGGGUUUCUGGACUUCGUUGCCAUGGACAUGUAUUCUUUCCCAGCAGCCCACGCCAGCCGGGCGGUCAUGGUGUCCAAAUUUCUGCUGAGCCACCUGGUGCUGGCGGUUCCUCUCAGAAUUCUGCUCUACCUGUGGGCGUUCCUGGCUGGCACGUCCCGGGUGUUGCUGGGUAAACACCACUUGUCGGAUGUUGGCUGUGGAUUUGCUCUGGGUUUUCUGCAUUACAGUCUGGUGGAGUCGGUGUGGUUGGACUCUGCAACCUGUCAGACCCUCAUCUCUAUUGGCACCCUGCGCUGGGCUCCCCUGGUAUGAACCAGUUUUUUACUGGUCCUCCUUGGAGAUUACAUCUCUCAUCCACCAGGACGUAGUGACGUUGUUCAUGUUGGUUCUAUGACGGAUUGGACUGGUUUGUGAAACUGUUUUGGUUUGAUUCAACCUCUGGCUGCUGGUCCAUUAGAGUGACUAGUAAGAUUUUGUCUGGAAGAAUGUUGCCCAAAAUGUCUGUUCUGAUUGUUCCAUGUGACCAAUGAGAGAGUUUUUAGAUCUGUGCAUGAACCUGUGGCAAGAGCCCAGAACCAAACACGCUGCCGUUCUGCCAAUUUCCUGUUAAUAUUAAAUUCAAACUGAACGUCCGAUUUCACAGAAUCAAUUAAAGGGGGGUGGGGGCGGUCGAACCAAAAUCUCGCACUAACAGUCUAAUCCUGGCUAAUGAUGUUUUUCAUUUGUUCUUAUUCAUAGCUUCAUCAAAAAAAAAAAAAUGUUUUCACUAGUGCAACAUUUUUUACCAUUUCUAUUCCCUUUAGUUCACUAGAGAACAGACAUAAAUAUGUACUGAGUAAGAGUAGGAUAUUAAUACCAGUUUAACAAGCAUGAUUUAUAUCAGUAAUGAUUGUCUCUCAUUUUAAAAUGCCAUUUUGUAAUGUCUAAUAAUUUGUUUUUUUCCAUUUUCACUUUUAAAAGCAUUUUAACUUAAUUUUCCCAUUAGAAUAUUUUGUUGAGUUUAUUUGUCUGUUAUUUCACCAGAGAAUGUGAAAAUAUUGAUAAAAAUAUUAUGUAAGGAUAUAUUUUCUAUUUUUUAGUUCAACUGGAUUUUUUGUAAUGACAAUCAUGACAAUACAGUGAAUGGAGACCUGGAUGGUAAGAAGUCAAGUUUAUAAAUAGACCUGAAGGUUUGUUUAAAUACUGAAAGAGAAAAGUUUAAAUGAUGCAGCCCCUUCUGUUUAACCGAUUAAAAAAAUAGUUUUUAUCAGCAUAUCAUAUUUUACUGUGACCCCUGAGUUCUUCUGUACAUUCACUGCAGUACUGCACCUCGCACUGACAUUACUAACAAGGGAAAUAUCAAAAAUAUAAGUAGUAAAUGCACAGAAAAUAUGAAAUAAAAAGGUUUAAACACAGUAGUGAUAAAUAUAUAGACAUAUUUACAUGAUUGCAGGAAAUAAUUAACAGAAAUAAUUAAAAAAUAGUAUAUAUUUUACUCACCACCAUACAUGCAGUAUAUAUGUAUAUACGUAUAAACUAUAUAUUGUUUACUUAUUGUUUUUUGGAAGUUACUUUUUAUACACAAAAAAUUAUUUAGUGAGAUGGACAUAGGAUAAAUUUAAUAUAUAUAUAUAAAUAAAUUAUAAAUAAAAAAAAAGACAAGCAGCUCAUAGUCAAAAAUCUUUAUUUACAAAUAACUGAAAAAUCCUUUCCCGUAGGAAGCGCUGUUGUCACUAUUGCAUUAUGGGUCAGCUGAUGUUGGAGUGAAGCUGAUGACACUGCUGUAUGUUGUUGUUGUUGUUGUUGUCGAACCCACAUAAUAGUAACA